AUGCAGAUCGCUAUCGUGCAGUAUGACCCGCAGCUCGGGCAGGUCGAGCGGAACAUGCAGUACGUGGAUCAGAUGGUCGCGUCGCUGUCCGAGGGCGACCACAUCGACAUUAUGAUGCUGCCAGAGAUGGCAUUCACAGGGUACAAGUUCCACACCAAGGCUGAAGUAGCUGAAGUCGCAGAAGGAAACAACGACGGAAUGACGUAUCGAUGGUGUCAGCGCCACGCGCGCCGGCUGCACUGUAUGGUGACAUGUGGAUACGUCGAGAGAGAAGGAGACCUUCUGUACAACUCGAUGCUGGUCGUUAGCCCUGCGGGGGAACUCGUGUGCAACCCACGCAAGACGUUCUUGUAUGAGACCGAUAAGCCAUGGGCUACGGCAGGAGAAGGGUUUUGUACGUGGUAUUGCCCGUGGCUUGACAAGACCAUCUCAUUCGGCAUCUGCAUGGACAUCAAUCCAGACGACUUCAAGGCUCCGUUCUCAGCCUAUGAGUUUGGCACACAUGUGGUGGAGAACCAAAGCGACUUGGUGCUAUUCGCGUGUGCCUGGAACGAUUUCGAGGCACACGACAUCGAGCCGGACUCGACACUCACUUACUGGAUGCAACGCCUGUCUCCAGUCAUCGAUGCGCUACAAAAAGAUGAGUACGGCAAACGGAACUGCUACUUUCUGUGCUCCAAUCGAAUCGGUAUCGAAGACGGGACGUUCUUUUGCGGAGCAAGUUGCGUUCUCUCGCUCAAGGAGCCCGCUGUUGUCACACACGCUGGACGUCGCACAGAAGAACUUCUGCGUGUUGAGGUUCCCGAUGGAAAAGUGGAUUUGCCAGUCGAAUAG